AUGCACGACACGGCGCGGAGAAAAUUGGAUAGCCUCACAUCGGAAGGGGGGUUCUCUCUUUCCAUUGUCGUGACGGUGAGAUAUCUGGUUGCCGAUAAAGCUGCCGUCAAGCAGGUCAUCGAGAGGCCAAUCACCGUGAAAGAAAGCGUUCGAUUCAAUGACCUGGAGAGUCGGAAAUGUCUAUCCGUUAUCAUGACAUACCGCAGAAGCCUGUCAGAAUCUCUCUCGGACAACACGCAUAUAUUUGAGCGGUUCUAUAACAUAAGGGAGAACAACAGCGCAAUGGAACGUAUCAACGAGAAAGUUGAGCGCAGAUGGCCUUAUACAAUAUCCCCCUAUCCGAACUCUCUGCCAUAUCCCUGGUGUAUCCUCUAUCCUCCUGAGCAGCAUCCCUCCACUCAGUACUCGCUCGUGCUAGAUAAGUACAAAGUGCCGACACCAAAUAUCACCUUACAAAUUGAUUUCACUUCGCCCUCGGCCCCACACACGUCUAACAUUCGACUUCACGGUUUCAUCUUUCGCGCCGUAUGUCCUGACAUUCACUUCAAUGCGCGAAGGAUACUUCAUAUUAGCAUGUUCAAGCCUGAACACUCCAUUGCUCUGAUUCGCUACAUCUACACUCGCGAGCUUUCACCUAUCGUGUGCUCCCUUCUCGAGAUCACAAGGUUAAUAGAGGAGAAGGACUUGAAGCAGCCGAGGAUCGCCACAAUCGACUGGGAUCCCAUCGUUUUGUCGAUGAUGCUGACAAAGACGGAGAGGGGGUUGGAUGAGGUGGGAGUGGGGAUUGUGGAUUUUUGCUGGGCACUGUGGAGUCUGAGUAUGCGCUGGGAGGAUAUUUGGGACGCUGUUAAUCUCGCUUGGAGAUUGCUACUUUGCACGUGGGGUAUACCUGAACGAAUAUUAAUGCGGCCGGGUGCAGGCGCUGCGAGCAUUCUGCAAAUCGAGAGAAUUGGCGCCUGCCGGAGAUUGCAACUGAAGAACCAAGGAAGGACCCCUUUCCCGCGUGCUUUUGAGCAGACUGACUCAGAUGUGGUGCCGUCGGCCACUUUGUCAUAUUAUGUGAGCCAAAAUGGCGAUCCUGAUAAGAGGUGCUCCAAACCCGGAGAAUGGUAG